UACUUGUGACGAACAGAUGUAUUGUGGUGGGAAGGAUAAUGUAAAUAUAUACAGUGUAGCUCAAGACCUGUCUUUGGAUUCAAAAUCCUUGAUAAACCCAGAUUACUCUCUGUGUGUGAGCUACCAGUGUAUUGAUAAUAGCUAUAUCUUCAAAGAAAGGAACUGUGGUGAUCCUAGUAUCAACGAUGUGGCUUGCAAUGAUUAUUUUUCAUGUACCUUUGAACCAGAAGACUUGUGCUUUUUAGUGCAAUACAAAAAUAAAAGCUUUGACUGGACAGUAGAUAAAAUAACAGAAAGAAAUGGACCUGAACAGGCAUAUGAAGGAUCUUAUUUUGCCUAUGUUGAUGACACCUCUUACAGUUAUGGAAAUUCAUCACUUCUCGGCUCCAAUACACUUUUCCAAGCUAAGAAGUGGUGCCUGCGGUUUCGUUACUUCAGCUACAGCGCAGACUCCACUGCGGCCCUUACUGUGGUGACCUACAAUAAUGUUACAAAAGAAGUGAAAUUUCAUGUCACUAUUACACGUUCUGAUUUUGAGGAAUGGAAAUACGCAGAACAAAAUAUUCAGAUAGAGAAUGGUUUCGUUGUUGGUUUUUUAGCUACAAGAGGAAAUCAAAGAUCGAUUUUUGCUAUUGAUGAUGUAACUAUGAUUGCAGGUACAUGUGAGGAAUCAGUAACAAAGCUGCUUCAUAUGAAAGGGAAAAUGAUAUGCAACUUUGAAGGAGGAGUAGAUACCUGUUUUAAUCAAGACACAAAGGAUGACUUUAAUUGGACCAUAACACGGGAAGGCAAAACAGACACGUCUGGAACAGGUCCAAGCAGCAAUAUUGACGGAAACUACUUUAGUUAUAUUGAAGCCAACGGUCCAAGAAGGAAUGAGGUGGCACGCAUAGUAUCCAAGUUUUAUUUGGAAAAUGUCAAUAUUGAACUCAGCAUGUGGUAUCACAUGUACGGUCGUUAUGUUAAAACACUUAAGGUUUUUCUGAGAAAUCAAACCCAGGGGGAACAAACUGUAUUUGAAAGAUCCGGAAAUAGAGGGAAUUUCUGGGUCUUAAUAAAUAGAACAUUGACGAUUGAAGGAAAGUGGCAGCUUUGCAUAGAAGCAAAUGUACCAACGAGUAAUACAGCAGAUAUAGCUAUAGAUGAUAUCAGAAUAAAAAUUAUUCAGAAUGGUUUCAAUAAAACGUGGAUGAACUUUAAUGAAAGAUGCAUAAGAAAUCUGGGAUCUUACUCUCGAAGUAACAUUUUGACAAAUGCUGCCUGCAUUUCAAAUGACCAUGAGCGAUGGACCGGUAUCGUUAGGACACAGAGAAAAGGUUCAGAUCAGAAAGUUUUGAAGGGGAGUCCAAAUGCUGUAAGGACUUUUGAACACAGAUUCGGCAUGUACUCUUACGUCUGGGAAACUUUUAGCGAAAAUGCAACUAGAACAUUUGUGUGUGAAAAACGUCUAAACGCAUCCGAGGACUUUGACCAGUGCCUUGCAUUCUCGGAAGUUAGUGAAGAUUUUUCUAAUCUCAACAGGAACGAAAAUAAGAAUAAUGAUGCGCUUGCCCUUAUUCUGGUAGUUGUUAUUUCGUUUGCCUUCGUUGUCUCAAUUUGCAUAUUGGUCAUAAUUAUUUUAUGCAAACGGAAAUUGGCAAUGAAAGCAAAAUAUGAAAAACAGCACAAUUCCUCAACAAAAGAACAAGUAAACUUUAUGUAUAUGAACUCCGACGAUAUCCUUAUAAUACAAAACAAAACUUCAAGUAUGAAUUCCAUAGCUCUUCACAAACAACAAAUCCCCAGUGAAAGUGGAAAAACAGGAGGAGUAGACUCGAACGAAAUAUAUGUUAACCAGGAACCUUUUCGUCCACGGGCAAAGUCAACUAAAAAUAUUAACGAUAAAGAUGAAAUACCGGAAGAGGACUACGAUCAUCUGAACAGGAAUAACAAUGUUGUAACGACAGUACAGGAAGACACUUACAGUCACAUGACUGACGGUCAAUACGGUACACAACAAAUUCAGUGUGAAGAUACAUACGACCAUACAGGGGGAACCGAGGGCGAGUACGGAGCAGCACAGAUUGAUCAGGAUGUAAACAAUAUGUAUGAUCAUACAGUACUCAAUGAUACAGAUGACGUUUACAGUCUUCCAAAUAAAGGCUCAUGUCAGACUGAAACGGUGUAUAAUAUCGUAGUAAAAAAGACAUGUGGUACAGAUUAAGUACCGGUAUUCAAAAAUUACAUUU